CCUCCGGAGGAGCUCUCCGAGUUUCAUACUCUUGUCUCGCGAUCGUUUGGCACACUGCAAGCGCUACAUGGGCAAUCUGCUUAGUACCCGGAACAUCCCAACUUGGGGCAGGGCUGCAGAGGGCACCCAGCACCACUUCCGCUCCUCCUGUUGGUCAGACAACAACGGCCCUCUCUCAGAACAUUCAGGCUGCUGCCGGAGGAGGGGCAAGUACUGUCACCUUAAACCCGGUUACCUGGGUCCAACCAGUCCAAAAUGUGGGAGGGGCGGUAGUGGGACACCACAGUACAGUUUCCACUGCUGGAGGUGCUGGUGGGCCCAGUACCCUUCAGUGUGCCCAAGGAACACCUAGACAAAGAAAAUCGUCUCCACGUGGAACACCAACGACCAAGGGCAAGCGAAACACGUCUACUUCCAACUUGUGCUUGGAGUCAAACACCAAAAGCCAAGCCGCCCAAAGCAGGGGUGGUCCGAUUAUGGGACACGACAACACGGCUCCCAACGUCAGAGGCUGCAGUGUGCCCGUUACCCGCAAGGGCAUCCACUGUUCGACGAAACAACGAAAGCCAGGGGUAAGGGCUACCACCUCACAAAAGAGGAAUUCGACAUCGAGCGACGUGCAUGCUUCGCCAGGAAAUCCGAGCCCUAGGGGCCGACCUGCCGAAAGCACGGGCAGCGCACCUGACCGAAAGGACAACGCUCGCCCCACCAUCGCAGCCUCUGGUGUGCCCACGACACAGAAGUGCUCACACACAAGGGGCUCGCCUGGCCACACGACCGCUCUUGUAACUCCAGCUUUUCACACCAGCAUGUCUACUUGUAACACAAACUCAGUGCUUCAACCCACCACUACUUGUUCCCUCCUUCCGCCAAGCACCUGUGGCACAUCUGCCCAGACUGGACAAGCUGCCCUUCCUGCAUUCCAUCAGGAUAACUCUGCCCCACCUGAUGCAAACUCUAUAGACGACAUCGUAGCCAUGAUGGCGGCCCUUUCUAUCAGCAAGCGCCCUCAGAAGACUUGCAGACUACCUGGCACUGACACAGGUGGUGCUAGGGGAAUCAGCACCACAUCUUCUGUGACCGGGAACGCCAAGGGUCCCCCAUCCACACAGACCACACGGAGCGCCCCCAACCACAGCACUGAUGGUGCAAUGGGGGGUAGCGCCAAGACCUUUUAGAAACAUACCCUCCGAACAUGUAGGCCUGCCCCUAGUCAGAGUCCUCCUCUGACUUUGGAGAAACCAGCAAUGUGUUCCGAGGGUCCUGGCCUACUGUUCCUGUGCCCUGGACAUAGCCGAGUCACCUUCAUAAACUGCCCAGGCCUUCCUAGGAAAAUACCAAGUUCCUUUCUUUUGGGAAAGGGACAUACCAAGUUCCUACCAAGUUCCUGCACAUUGUUAUGUGACAGUAAAUGGACUUUGCUGUGCUGUAGGGGAAUCAGCCCCUUCAACUGAAACUGAACCUAUUUUCAGUAGUCAGAAGGAAACACCUUUUGCAGGUUUACAUUUUGGAAGGUGAGGGGCACCUGAGUCCAGUUAAGUAGUACACCAGAUUCGAGAAGUUCCAGAUGCAGUUCCAGAAUAGAAGAAAACGGCAUGUAUCAUCAACUCUGCCUCCCCCCCCCCUCCACCCCGCUGGCCCCCCGGCCUGGCGUUAACUUGACUGACCAAAGCUCUGAGCCAAUUUUGCCGCUUCCUGCAACCGGCAGGAUGCCGUCUGCUGUCUGCUGUCUGCAAAAGUUCCUUGCCCCAUGCCUACUUGCCUCAAUGGACCCUUACCUUUCUCAAACUGAACAUAGACUUCUCUAGCUAUAAAACUUUGUUCCU